UCGAAAGCCGCCGAGCCUCAGUUCAGUUUUCGAGCGCGGUGGAAUAGUCGCGUUUUACAACCGCCCGAUCAACAAAACAAAGUGCCUGAUACGAAGCUAGGGAUGUGCCUUGUGUGACAGUGUUACCAGUGCCUAGUACUAAAUAUAUUUUUUAUAUUUAACGUAUUUCCAGUGAUAUUAGUUAACCGGUAUACAAAGUGAUAACAGAAUGGAGUUGAAAAGGCUAUCUAUAUGCUUGGCGCUCUUCGUGUUGGCCUACAUCUCACAUUGUUCAGAAGCACGACACUCGCUGGUUCGUCGUGAGACCAACGAUGCGAACUAUGACGACCUGCAGAACGACGAGGGUGCCGACGACGAAGCGCAGAACGACGGAGAAGGCAAUGACGAGGAAGAAGUCGCAGUGGUGGCCAAAAUAGUGACACAGUCUGCGCUCUACAACGUCACUAUAGGAAGAACUGUGCGGCUCGAGUGCAAAGUGUCACCUGCCAAUGGCGUCGUGGUGCAAUGGACUAGAAACAACACAAACUAUUUCAUCGGCACACAGAAAUCAUAUGAACAGGACCUGUCUUCGUACAGCGCCGGCGACAGAUUCUCCAUUGCCGCAAACUCCACGGACCUGUUGAUAAGAGACGUGAGGCCGUCUGACAGUGGCCUGUACACCUGCGAGGUCCUGCAGGUCGACCCGGUCAAGAUACAACAUAACCUGGCCAUUCUGGAGUCACCUAGGAUUGUCAAGUUCACGGCAACGGACAACGGCCAACUUCUGGAAGGCUCGGACUUGCUGCUGACCUGUGACGUCACGGGUUCCCCACCACCGAAAAUCGUGUGGUCCAGGGAUGAAGACAAUGUUAACAAGCGUUUGCAAGAAGACGACGCAACGUUCGUCGGCAACACACUAUCCAUCAGGAAUGUAAAACGCUCGCAUUCUGGCAGAUACUACUGCUACGUGUUCAACGGAGUGGGUACAAACCAGGCCGAGGUCAACGUCGUUGUUAGAGGCAGACCACGUGUGCAUAUUAGUAGGACAGUAGUCAACUCUGCUAUUGGCGUCGAGGCCAUCUUGGAGUGUGCCGUUCAUGACGAUGCUGCUUCCCACAUCCGCUGGUACAAGGACGGGCACCGUAUCGAGGACUCGUCCCGCGCGUACAGCGUCAGCACGGACGGACAGCGCUCCAACUUGUCCGUCAUCCCGCGCCAAGAUGACGACUUCGGCACUUUUACUUGCGAGGCGGAAAACGAUCAAGGCAGCCACAACAGGUCGAUCGACCUGGUGCAGAGCCCGGUGCUGGAAGACCUGCAGGUGGACGGGCCCAAGAUCUCGCUCACCAUCCACUCGCACCAGCCCGUCGAGGUCAUCGAACUACAACUGAAAGGACUUGAUGGGGACACGGAAUGGAAGACCCUGAACGUGCCAGUGCCGCAAAGCAGUAACCCUCACGAGUACCAAGUGGACUACUCCCUGGAGAACGACCUUACUGAUGGGGGGAAAUACGAGGUCACCGUCAAAGUCAAGAACGAUAAGAGUUGGAGCGCGCACACCAACCCAGCUAUCGUUGACUUCGAAUCACGUCCACAGCCCAUCCAGCACGCUUCAGUAUAUCGAUCCAGUGCACCCUCAGCAAACUCCACGCCCUUCUUCCUGGUGACCGCGCUGAUGUACCUCCUCGUGCGAAUGUAAAAUGACAUGAAUAGCUUAAUUAUUUAUUUUUAGUAUCAAGUAAUGGUAUAAGACAAAAUCUUCAUUGUAGACCGGGAGCUGGUGAACAAUUUUUUUCCUAGCAAAAUCUUAUUUUUUGGAACGAAGUUUACGCAGCUUGCGCUAAUAGUUAACUGGUAGAAAUCGUCACGUAAGGAAAAUGCUAUGUAUCCUCUCAAUACGGAUGAUCCAAUUCCACCCGUCAUAACUCAGCUAUACCUAAUCGUCAGGAGUACCUAAAACAUUAUAAUGUUUUAGUUGAACAUAAAUUUUCCCAAAAAAACACAUUUUUUCUAUUUUCUUAAAUAUGUUAACGAAACGCAUCAACGUCAGAUGUAGGCGACAUUAAAAAAAAGGAAAAAAUUUGCUUGCUCUUGAUUGAAAAUAUCUUAUGCGUAGCGCAUUAUAAUUGUCUGAUGACUCGACUCAUACACCUUAUGAACCUAUAUCGACAAAUAAAAUUCGGUUUAAGAACUUACCUGCAUUAUCUAUUGACCAGUUAAAGUUAUUAUUUUUAUUUUUUACCGGUAUUUAAACACUUUUUAAAUUGUUCACUAGCUCUUAGAAUGUUCGCUGUUUUUUUUUUGUAAUUUUUAUUCUAUCGAUGUUAAAACACCGCUUGUAGAUGUAAUGAAAAAAAAGUCGGUUAGUAAAAAUAUCGAAUAAAAAACAUUGCAGAAUUUUUGCAAGUAAUAUAACUAUCUAUUGACCUUAUUGCAUAACAAAAGUGCAGAGUUUAAAAAAGUAUAAUUAUAGUUUAUUUUCGUAUUAAAUAUUCAUGACAAUGUGAAUGAAAUAGAAUUGAGGGUAAACUUAUUACACGCAACCGAGCUCAAUGGCACAUAACCCAGCCAAAUAGCACGAUACUUUGCUCGAUGGCACGUGACAGGUUUCAGUGGCACGCUACUUUACUCGAUGGCACGCUGCUUGGCUCGAUGGCACACGGUCCUUCAUACAAUAGCAGGAUGCCUCUGCAUGGCAGAUAUGAAACUAUGUAAUUGAUUUAUGGAAACAAAACAGAAAAGACAAGUUCAAAUUGGUUUCACUUAUAUUGUAUUUAUUUUUAAAGGAGUCAGUGUUUUUUUGUAUUCGUGAUAUUUUAUGCAAAAAAUAGUACAAAUAUUCGAUUAUUUUUUUCCCCCCUUUUUUGAUUAUCCGAAGUAACUAAGUCUUACAAAUGCCAAGUUACUUAAAUUUUUCCGGCAACUUUUAAUUAAUAAAAUAAGAAUGGUAACUAUUAAUU